AUGGCGGCCAAAGAGAUUAGCCAAUCAGAGCACGUUGACGAUAUCCAGCAGAAAGUGCCUGAUUUGCCCCUGUCCGAGGCCGACCUUGCUGGUGAGAGGAAACUAGUGAGGAAGUUGGAUAUGACUCUGAUGCCUAUUAUCUGGGUCAUGUAUCUGUUCAACUACCUGGAUCGGAAUAAUAUAGCGCAAGCAAAGCUAGACAGUUUCGAGGCAGACCUAGGUCUUCGUGGCGACAAUUUCAAUACUGCUGUUUCCAUUCUCAAUGUCGGCUAUAUGCUCAUGCAACUACCGAGCAACAUGCUUAUCACUCGAGUUCGUCCAUCGCUCUACAUCCCCUUCUGGAUUUGUCUUUGGUCGUGCAUAUCGGCCGCAACAGCUGGUGUUCACAAUUACACUGGGCUCAUCCUCGUGCGUCUUUUCCUAGGCGUUGCCGAGGCACCAUUUUUCCCCGGUGCAUUUUACUUGCUCUCCUGCUGGUAUACGAAAAAGGAACUUGCCUUUCGCACGGCAAUUCUCUACUCGGGACUUGUUCUCGCCACAGCGUUUUCAGGUCUGCUUGCCGCCGGCAUCUUUUCGGGCCUGGAUGGCACUCGCGGCAUCAAAGGCUGGCGAUGGCUGUUUAUUAUCGAAGGUGCUGGCAGCUUUCUCGCCGGCUUGUGUGGUUUCUUCCUCCUUCCAGAUCUGCCAGGUGCGGAAACGGGCUCGACAAGCUGGCUUUUCACGGCUGAAGAGCGCCGUAUUGCGAAGGAUCGUAUGAUUCGGGAUCAAGUGUCCAACCAGGUACCUGAGAACUCGGUCUGGUACGGUCUACGCACGGCAGUGUCAGAUUUUCGCGUAUGGAUAUUUGCAAUCAUCCUCUGCAGCAACCAUACAGCAUAUGGGUUCAACAAUUUCUACCCGACUAUCGUCAAGGGUUUAGGUCUGGGCAACACAACCAUCACGCUGGUCUGCACUGCGCCACCAUAUCUUCUCUCAACAAUCAUCGCCCUGAUCAGCGCAUACUCGAGCGACCACCUCGGAGACCGUGGCUAUCAUAUCGGCGGCCUGAUGGCGCUUGCUGCCGCCGGAUUUAUCAUUUCGAUAGCCUCGCCACCGACCAACCACGCCGUUCUUUACUUUGCCUCUUUCCUAUAUAUCACCGGUACCUUCUCGGCGAAUUCCAUGGUAUACACGUGGGCCGCUGCAUCAGUCAGUCAGACGCCCGAAAAGCGUGCCUGUGCCACCGCCAUCGUCAACUUGAUGGGCCAGUUGGGGAAUAUCUGGAGUCCGUAUUUUUUCCGCCCGCAAGACUCCCCGCGUUAUGUUCUCGCUAUGGUUUUGAUGAUUGCGUUUUCGGGGCUGAGUAUUGUCGGGUGUGCGGUGAUGAAGAUGGUGCUGAGGAGAGACAAUAAGAAACUUGUUGAAAGGUUUGCUGGAACCGCAAUAACGCCGAAUCUGCAUGUGCUGUGAGUUGGGCUUGGAUUGUUGGUCAUUGCAACGAAAAUUCCUCAAUCUGACAUGUGCAUGUAAGGGGGCUCAAUUUCUCAGCUUCAAAAUGUUGAACUAGCUACAAUAAUCGCACAUACUUUUUAUACAUCCACUUAGCACUUACUACUCCCAUUCGAAUAAGGUUUAGUUCAAACGUUGUUGUUAGUGAUAGAGAUCUAUACUGGUUAGACACGAGUCAAGCUGGCUAUCUGCCGACUUUCUCGUAUCUCAUAAUUCUAAUGGCUACGUGUGUAUCUCCAUCGUUAUUGAUUUGAUG